AUGGCGCUGGGCGAGAAUGAGACUGGCCCGGGAGGCAACGAGAGCGCCCCGGCAACGUCGGCCUAUGCUAUUGUUCUGAUCUGCGGGGGCAUGGUGGUUAUUUGCUUGAUAACGCUGCUUGCGUCUUGUCGACCGGGGCUCCCGACGAGAGAUGACGACGAGGACGUGGAGAGAGCCCGUAUCCCUUUUCGGCUAGAGACUCUAAACCGCGUCUCCCCGCCGGCGAUUUAUCGGGAGUGGAAAAUAGGGCCGAACAAGAGCCAGCUUCGAUUUCCCUGGUCCAUGACGUGCCUCACCUGCGUUAUCUGCUUGGAGCCCUUCCAGAGCUCGUCAAAAAUCCGUUGCUUACCGUGCGGUCACCUUUUCCACUCGGUAUGCAUCCUGAUGUGGUUCCUCAAGCGCCACAACACCUGUCCGAUAUGCAAGUUCGACUACACUUCCGGCAGACGGGCUCGCGCCUCCCGGGCCCGCAGCAAUGGGACGAGACGGCUAGGACCUCCGUUGAGCUCGGGCCCGGAUUCUGUACGGUUCCUAACUUAA